AUGAAAAUGGCCUGUUCCAAACUACAAAUUUUCUUCUAUUUUGCUCUCAUUCAUCUUGUUAUUCCCACGGCUGCCCGUACUAUCUGUUAUGACACUGGUAACUACACCAGUAACAGUACCUACAGGGCCAACCUCGAUGGCCUCCUGACCUCCAUCAUUAACAACACCAAAAUCGAUUAUGGGUUUUACAAUUUCUCUGCUGGUGAAUCUCCGGACAAAGUAUAUGCGAUUGCACUUUGUACUGGAGACGCUUCGCCCAGCGAAUGCAGUAGUUGUAUCAAUGAGUCAAGAUACUACCUACUGCAAGCCUGUCCAAACCAAAAGGAGGCUAUCUAUUGGGCUUGGCACAAAAAAUGUUUAAUUCGAUACUCAAACAGAUCCAUAUUUAAUAAAUUGGAAACUGACCCUAAAGAUGCCUCUUACAGAGUAGACUACGCCAUAGAUGUAGGAGCUUUCAACAGCGUGCUAAGACCCUUGUUAGAUAGCCUAAGAAAACGUGCUGCAAAAGGAAACUCUACUCGCAAGUUUGCUCUACAGAGUGUGCCUGCCCCAGACUGGCAAACCAUAUAUUCACUUCUGCAGUGCACCCCUGAUUUGAGCGAGCUGGAAUGCAACACUUGCCUGCAGGAUCUUCAGGAUUAUACUGCAUCACUUUUUAAUGGAAGGCAAGGAGGAAUAUUUUUAGCACCCAGCUGCGUACUAAGGUAUGAGACAUACAAUUUUUAUAACCCUUCUGCUGAGACAACAUCAUCACCGCCACCGGAAUUGCCGGCAAGUACACCAGGAAAGGAAAGUAACUCAUCUCGAACUGUAAUCAUUGUAGUAGUGACUGCUAUUGCUUCUGCUGUACUAAUCAUCUCUAUCAGCAUCUGCAUUUAUUUAAGAGCGAGGAUCCCAGUGGAUAAAGCUGAAAUUGAUACUGAUGAUCAAAUUAGUGUUGUUGAAUGCGUGCAAUUUGACUUUGGCAAAAUCAGAGUUGCUACACAGAACUUCUCUGAUGCUAAUAAGCUUGGAGAGGGUGGAUUUGGUGCUGUUUACAAGGGUAUGUUUCCAAACAGACAAGAAAUAGCUGUGAAAAGGUUAUCCAAAAAUUCAUCACAAGGAGAAAUAGAGUUUAAGAAUGAGGUCAUGUUAGUUGCUAGGUUACAACACCGUCAUCUUGUAAGACUCUUAGGAUUCUGCUUGGAAGGAGAUGAGAGGCUUUUAGUCUAUGAGUUUUUGCCAAAUGCAAGCCUCGACCGCUUCAUAUUUGAUCCCAUCAAGCGUGCACAAUUGAAUUGGGAAAAGCGAUACAAAAUUAUAGAGGGUAUUGCUCGAGGACUUCUUUACCUUCAUGAAGAUUCACAACUUCGUAUUAUUCAUCGAGAUCUCAAAGCUAGUAACAUUCUACUAGAUGCCUAUAUGAACCCCAAGAUAUCCGAUUUUGGUAUGGCGAGAUUAUUUCAAUUAGAUCAAACUCAAGGCAACACAAAUAAAAUUGCGGGGACCAUUGGAUACAUGCCUCCAGAGUAUGUGUUACAUGGAAAGUUUUCAGUGAAGUCCGAUGUCUUUAGCUUUGGUGUACUAGUUCUGGAGAUAGUGACUGGACAGAAAAUUCAUACUUUUCGUGGUGAAGACAGUGGAGAAGGCCUUCUAAAUUAUGCCUGGAAAAAAUGGAAGGACGGGACAACUUCUAAUCUUGUAGAUCCUAUAUUACGCACUGAUUCAACAAUUGAAAUGAUGAGAUGCAUCCAUAUUGGGUUACUUUGCGUUCAAGAAAAUGUGGUUAAUAGACCAACCAUGGCUUCAGUUGUUCUCAUGCUUAAUAGUGAAUCUAUGACUCUAUCAAUACCCUCAAGACCUGCAUUUGUGAUGGACAGCCACACUAGAUCAAGCAUGGGGUCAGCACCAUCCAGAAGUAGCCCUGUCCAAGCCUCAGUAAAUAAUGUUUCAAUUACUGAAUUAGACCCUAGGUAG